GGAGGGGGGGGGCCUCCCUCCUCCUUGUCCUCCUCCUCCUCCUCAGCGGGCCCGCAGGCCCGCAGCAUGGCGCCCAAGCCCAAAGGGGGCAAAGGGGGAAAAGGGGGAGCAGCUUCUGGAGGUGAUACUGCUGAUAAGAAGGCUCAAGGACCCAAAGGUGGUGGAAAUGCAGUGAAGGUUAGGCACAUCUUGUGUGAAAAGCACAGCAAAGUCCUGGAGGCCAUGGAGAAGUUGAAGUCCGGAGUGAGAUUCAGUGAAGUGGCCACCCAGUACAGUGAAGAUAAAGCCAGGCAAGGGGGAGACUUGGGCUGGAUGAGCAGAGGGUCCAUGGUUGGGCCGUUUCAAGAAGCUGCAUUUGCCUUACCCGUCAGUAGCAUGGACAAGCCCAUGUACACAGACCCUCCUGUUAAAACAAAGUUUGGGUAUCACAUCAUCAUGGUCGAAGGGAGAAAAUAAAGGACUGUCAACCUG